UUCAAUCACCCUCUUUACCUAUAAAUGCCUUUGCUUUCACUUCCAAAUGUAACAAGCAUAUCCUAGAACCCCAUUUAGCCACAAAACACAUAUAUAUACACACACAAGCACAUAUAUAUACAGUCUGAUAUCAUAUCCUAUGUUGUAUAUAUUUUAGACAACUCAUUUGUUCAGUUUCAAUGGCUUGCUUGGUCUUGCCAAUCUCAAUGCUGAAAAAGAGGUGCAUGGGGACACGGCUACAAGGCUACCGGCCUUUAACCAAAGAUAGGUAUGGCAACUCAGAGAAUCCGGUGAUCGUGGUGGUGGGGAAGGAGAAGAAGGAGUUCUUGGUAGACCCAUUUGUGCUAGAAGAGAACCCUUUUCGGGUUUUGAUGGAGACGAUGAACAAGGACAAGAAGGUGGAGAAUUUUGAUGAUCGGACUGGUAAGGGAAGUAGGAUGAUUUUUGUGGAUGUUGAUUCUAUUCUGUUCGAGCACAUGUUGUGGUUGAUGUAUAAUGAUUGUUCUUCUUUGUUUGAGCUCAAUCUUAAGGAAAUUAUAGACUUCUAUGCUCAAGAUUAUUAGUAGAGGAAAACUUAGAGAGGUGGGUGCAAAGAAACAUUUAUAAUCUUAAUAAUAACUCAUACAUGAAUAUAUA